GUAUUAUUGGUAUUUAUGUUUGGUUCAUGUUUGGUUUGGUAUUUUCCUUUAAAAUUGACAUAAUUUUUGAUUUUUAUGAAUUCUAUUGUUGCUUAAUUUUUUGGUGAAUAUGGCCGAGAAGGAGAAACCAAAGCCCGCGCCGGCAAAAAAUAUGCCCAAGGAUGGACAAGUAAUAAUUGCCAUAUUAAAAGAGAUGGGUGUUACUGAAUAUGAACCAAAAACCAUAGUUCAGCUCACAGAGUUUGUAUAUCGAUAUGGUUCAACCAUUUUGGAAGAAGCCAGGGUUUUUGCAAAUAAUUCAAAAAAGAGAUUGCUAGAUUUAGAUGAUGUUAGGUUGGCCCUCCAAUUGCAAAGUGAAAGUACAUUUACAAUGCCACCACCAAGAGAGGUUCUACUGGAAUGUGCUAGGAAUAAAAACAACAAUCCAUUGCCAUUGAUCAAACCACCGUGCGGUCUACGACUACCGCCAGAUCGUCAUUGUCUAUCAUCUGCAAAUUACGUUUUGAAGGGGGUGCAGAAGAAGCCUGUAAAGAACUCGUUUAAUAGUAGCAAACCUACUGUAAAUAUUAUCAAACGCACAAACAAUUUCGGAAUCCAGAAACAGACUGUUUCCAUUCCAAAACCAGUGACAAAGAUAUCCAAUCCAAAUUUGCAGCCACAGAAAACUGUUCUCAAGCCAAAAAUUCAAAUUACACAGACAUUGCAGAAUGCAAGCAGCAAUGGUAUUACAAAUAGCAGCAACAACAUGGAUAUGAAACGAAAGAGAGAGGAAGUUGAUGAUUAGUAAUUCUGUUUAAUAUAUUAUUUUUACAUUUUAUAACAACUAAACAUAUUUUAAUUAAUAAAAUUAUAUACUAUCUACA